AUGAGGAGAACAUCAGUUUCACUGCCUACGAAGCAAAUUAGACACGACCCUCACGAAAAACCUGCACGUUACGACUCGGGCCACCGAGAACCCGGCAUCGUGGAGAAACUACAGGCUGCGACCAUGAACCAGGCCCAAAGGACGCGAUGGCUAAAGACCACGGCCAUCGUUGUCUUCUUGGUGUUCCUGUUCUACUACAUCUCGCCAAGAGGUGUAGAAGUAUAUAAGGGUGUGUCGCAUUCUGGCGGCCAGGUGCCGUCCGAUUCAUCAUACGGAACCUCAAGAUGUACGAAAUCGUUUUCUAAGGACAAGCCAAUCGUACAAUAUGUCCUCAUGAUCGACGCUGGUAGCACUGGAUCCCGUAUCCAUGUUUACAAGUUCAACAACUGUGGCCCGACCCCAGAGUUGGAGAAGGAGGAAUUCAAAAUGACCGAGAAGAGCGUAGGCGGCUUGAGCAAGUAUAAGGACGACCCUGUUGCCGCCGCGAAGACCUUGGAUAGUCUCAUGCAAGUCGCGAUGGAGACCGUUCCCGACAAGUUGAAGGGUUGCAGCCCGGUUGCCGUAAAGGCGACCGCUGGUCUGCGAAUGAUUGGUCAGGAGGCCAGUGGGAAGAUUCUUGAGACCGUUCGGGAGCACCUUGAGAAGGACUACCCCUUCCCCGUUGUCUCCCGAGAAGAGAAUGGUGUUGCGAUCAUGGACGGUUCUGACGAGGGUGUAUACGCCUGGAUUACUACCAACUACCUUCUAGGAAAGAUUGGUGGUCCUGACCAGAGCCCAACCGCUGCUAUCUUUGAUCUCGGUGGUGGUUCCACGCAAAUUGUCUUUGAGCCCACGUUUAAGGGACUUGCUUCUGGUGGCAUGCCCGAGAAGCUGGCUGAAGGCGACCACAAGUAUGAGCUCUCCUUCGGCGGACGAAACUUUGAGCUCUACCAGCACUCUCACCUUGGAUAUGGAUUGAUGGCGGCUCGCAAUUCUAUCCAUUUGAACUUGCUACAUGAUAUCUACAAGAAGGAGAAGAGCAAGGCAUUCUUAGAAAAGCCUAUUCUUAACCACCCUUGUAUCAACGCCGGUCAGACCGAUAAGAUUACGGUUAAACUUGGCGACGACAGCCCCCUAGGCACCGGCGAGUUGCAACUUAACGUGACCGGCCCCAUGAACCCUGCUCCGGCGCAGUGCCGUGCUCUGGCUGAGAGGAUUCUAUACAAGGACGCCGAGUGCAAGCUUGCACCUUGUUCCUUCAACGGUGUCCACCAGCCCCCACUAGCCAAGACCUUCUCUAAGGAGGAUGUCUAUAUCUUCUCUUUCUUCUACGACCGCACCAAGCCUCUUGGAAUGCCCGAUUCUUUCACUCUCCGGGAGCUGCACGACCUCGCUAAUGCCGUUUGCGGCGGUGAGGAUACGUGGGGCACAUUCACUAAUAUUCCAGAGGCCCUAGAGGAGCUACGAGAUCGUGGCGAGUACUGCUUGGAUCUCAACUUUAUGAUAGGAUUGCUGCACAGCGGUUACGAAAUGCCUAUUGACCGGGAGGUCAAGAUCGCUAAGAAGAUCAAGGGCAACGAAUUGGGCUGGUGUCUAGGAGCCAGUCUACCCUUAUUAGCAAAGAACUCCGGCUGGUCCUGCAAGGUCACUCAGACCUUUUAA